AUAUAUUUCCUUCACUUGUGCGGACCGAACUCCGUAGUAUGAGGAUAGCGCACCUCCUCCAAAGCUUCCAGCUUUUCAAUGGAGCUCUCGGCGCUUUCACCCUCUCUUGAGAUCUGAGCUUCUGCUUCUUCUCAACCUUCUCUCCACUUCCUUCACCUCAGUUCCAUUUCCUUUGCUUUGUUUCCUACGCCUUCGGUUCUCACUGAAGCUAUGGAGUAUAUAGCUUCUUCAUCUCAGUUAUAGUGCAGGAGGACAAAGAGGAGAAGAAGAAGAAGAAGAAGAAGAAGAAGAAGAAGAAGAAGAAGAAGAAGAACCAUUUAUAGAGACACCCAAAGUAUCAAUCAUUUUGAUUUUGACUACAAGAUGUGUUCUUUGCUUUCUUUCCUCUUCCUUCUCCUAUGUGUUCAGGCUCUAGUUAUUGAUGCUGACUUGAAUUCUGACAAACAAGCUCUGCUUGCCUUUGCUGCUGCACUUCACCAUGGUCAUAGACUGAAUUGGGAGGCUAACACUUCAGUGUGUUCCUCUUGGAUUGGUGUCAAAUGUUCAGCAGGCCAGUCUCAUGUUCUUGCUGUUCGACUACCGGCAAAAGGCCUUUUCGGUUCAAUUGCUACAAACAGUCUAGGAAAGCUAGAUUCACUUCAAGUCUUGAGCCUAAGAUCGAACCUCCUCAUCGGUAAUCUUCCUGCUGACAUUUCCUCACUUCCUUCUCUUCGAUAUCUCUAUCUUCAACAGAACAAGCUUACUGGAAAUUUACCUGCAUUGUUCUCUUCUGGCCUCAUUGUUCUUGACUUUUCCUACAACUCCUUCACUGGAAAAAUUCCUGUGGGAAUUCAAAAGCUUGAUAGACUUAGCAUAUUGAAUAUGCAGAACAAUUCUCUCGUUGGACCUAUUCCUGACCUGAAACUUUCAAAGUUGAAACAUUUGAAUUUGAGUUACAACAAUCUUGAUGGUUCCAUUCCUUCAUCUCUACAAAAGUUCCCUACUUUGUCAUUCACUGGAAACUCUCUUUUGUGUGGACCUCCUUUACUGCAAUGCUCAGUAGUUCCUUCACCAUCUCCCAUUUUUCCACCUGUCGCAAACCUAUCAGCAUUUCCUCCAAAGCACAAACAUUUCGCCAAAAAAAUAGGUUCAUGGGCCGCAAUUGGAACCAUUGCCGGAGGUCUGGCAGGUUUCUUGAUGUUAAUCAUGCUUCUCUUUUUAUUCAUUUUCAAGAAGAAGGGUGGUAAAGGUGGUGGAGCAUCAAAGGAGAAGAGUUCUUAUGCUGGUAAAAAUGUGAAGCCUAAAGAUGAGUCCACUAGUGGUGUUCAAGGUGCAGAAAAGAAUAAGUUGACAUUUUUUGAGGGCUUUCUUGAUAAUUUUGAUUUAGAAGAUCUAUUGAGAGCUUCUGCUGAAGUACUAGGAAAAGGAAGUUGUGGAACGUCUUACAAGGCUGUUCUUGAGGAUGGUACUAUGGUUGUGGUGAAGAGAUUAAAGGAGGUGAUCUCAGGAAAGAGAGAGUUUGAACAACAAAUGGAGAUAAUAGGGAGGCUAGGGAAGCAUCCUAAUGUCGCAGCGCUUCGUGCUUAUUACUACUCCAAGGAUGAGAAGCUUGUGGUUUCUGAUUUUGUUCCUGAUGGCAGCUUCUCAGCUCUCUUGCAUGGAAAUAGAGGAAGUGGAAGAACUCCACUAGACUGGGACACAAGAGUAAAGAUCUCACUUGAAGCAGCACAUGGCAUAAAACACAUCCACUCUGAAUCCAAUGGGAAGUUUGUUCAUGGCAACAUAAAAUCCUCCAAUGUUCUUGUUGGCCGGAACUACGAAGCAUGUGUCUCUGAUUUCGGCCUGAGUUCACUGAUGAACUUCCCUGUGACUCGUUCUCGUAUAAUGGUAGGCUACAGAGCUCCUGAAGUCGUCGAAACCCGGAAAUUCACACAGAAGUCUGAUGUUUACAGCUUUGGUGUAAUGCUGCUUGAAAUGCUAACUGGAAAAUCUCCACUUCAAUCUGCAAGACAAGAUGAAAUACUGGAUUUGCCGAGAUGGGUCCAAUCUGUUGUACGCGAAGAGUGGACUUCAGAGGUGUUUGAUGCAGAAUUGAUGAGAUUUCCAAACAUUGAAGAAGAGAUGGUUCAAAUGCUUCAAAUUGCAAUGUCAUGUGUUGCUAGAAAUCCAGAUCAAAGGCCAAAUAUCGACGAAGUGAUUAAUUUGAUCGAGGAGAUCAGGCAAUCGAAUUCCGGAAAUCGCUCAGCUUCCGAAGAGAAGAUUGAAGGUAGAAGAUAGAGAUGAUGAGUGCUACUACCGAAAAUGUUACUGGUUUUCAUUAAUCUAUCACUUUGUUGCACUAGAUUUGUAGGCUUUAAUUUGCAUGCAUGUUCUGAGAUUCAUUAUCUCAAAUGCAGAGAAGCAAAGAGAGCUUUGCUUUCAAGAUUGACAAUGUUUUUCUAUUUUAGCUUGAAUUGCUGCUUGUUGAUGUUUGAGAUUGAUUUUCAGCAAAUUUUUUAAUGCAAAUUUUAUUUUUUGUUCA